CGCCACGGCCCCGCGCCUCAGCCCGGCGGCCGGAGCUCCUCCGCGCUUCUGCGGGCGACGGCAGCGGGAUGCGGUCCGUCAGCUACGUGCAGUGCGUGGCGCUCGACUUCGGCGGCAGCCUCUUCCCGCACGCCAUCUGCCUGGGGGACGCCGACAAUGACGGGCUGAACGAGCUGGUGGUGGGAGACACCAAUGGGAAACUCUGUGUUUACAAGAAUGACGACAGCAAACCCUGGGCUGUGCGAUCUUGCCAAGGAAUGCUCACGUGUGUUGGCGUGGGAGAUGUAUGCAAUAAAGGAAAGAAUCUUGUGGUGGCAGUGAGUGCAGAAGGCUGGUUUCAUCUUUUUGACCUGACUUCUCCACCUUCAAAACACCCAGAUGCUUCAGGCCACCACGAGUUGGCAGCAGCAGAAGAGCAGAAGCCGGUGUUCAAGCAGCACAUUCCUGCCAACACCAAAGUCAUGCUGAUCAGUGACAUUGAUGGAGAUGGGAAAUGUGAGUUGGUGGUGGGUUACACUGACAGGGUGGUACGUGCCUUCCGCUGGGAGGACUUGGAGAAUUCAGACCAUGUCUCUGGACAGCUGCUCCUGCUGAAGAAAUGGCUGCUAGAAGGUCAGGUGGACAGCCUCUCUGUGAACCCAGGCCCUGAUGGCUCCCCGGAGUUGAUGGUGUCUCAGCCAGGCUGUGGGUAUGCCAUUCUGCUGUGCACCUGGGACUCUGAGCAGCAGGCCACGACAGAGGGAAGGGACAACUCUGCCCCAAGCAGUGAGGUCCCUAUUCGAGAUGUUAUUCUACACCAAACGUCUGGACGGAUUCACAACAAGAAUGUUUCUACUCAUCUAAUUGGUAGCAUUGGCCGAGGCUGCGCCAGUGAGGGCAGUGGCUCAGGUCUCUUUGCCCUCUGUACUCUGGAUGGGACAUUGAAACUCAUGGAGGGAGCGGACAAACUGCUCUGGUCUGUGCAGGUUGAUCACCAGCUGUUUGCUCUGGAAAAGCUGGAUGUUACUGGCAAUGGGCAUGAGGAGGUGAUUGCCUGUGCAUGGGAUGGUCAGACGUACAUCAUCGACCACGAUCGGACUGUUGCCAGAUUUCAAGCAGAUGAGAAUGUCAGUGCCUUCUGUGCAGGCCUCUACGCAUGCAAAGGAGGAAGCAACAGCCCCUGCCUGGUUUAUGUCAGCUUCAAUCAAAAGAUCUACAUCUACUGGGAUGUGCAGCUGGAGAGAAUGGAGUCCACCAACCUGUUGAAAAUCCUGGAUUGUGACCCAGAGUUUGGAAAUCUCCUGCAGCAGCUGGGUGUGGAAAGAAGCGACGUUUCUGCUGUCAAAGAUCUGAUUCACAAAACACUGUAUUUUCCUGAGGAACAACAGCAACAGAGCAGCCCCUUUCAGUGUCAGGACCCUGCUGGAACAGACUCCUCUGGCCACCACGCUGCCAUGCAGGAUCCCUUAUAACAAGACACGUGAAGGUUGACAUCUUUUCUAUCAGCACAAACUCUUCUCCAACUGGGAUCAGGCACCUCAUGAAGAUGAGGCUGUUGUUUUCUCAUCUCUGUCAAAGGUUCCACACAGGGAAGGGUAUACAGGCAGGGUUCUGUGGAGAGACAUGCUUGGCUGUAGGCUUGAGUGAAGGUGGUGGGUUGAUUUGCUUUUAGCUGAGGAAGCUACCAGAGCAGCAAGAGUCCAGAGUCCUGCUCAUUUGCCUUCCAUUGCCACUUUUCCAUGUUCUUUGCUAGCUAAAGCAUUUUAUGGGUGUCUGUGAAGAAGCAUUGAGGAUAUAGAUGGAGAAAGUAGCUGAGCUCAGUCUCUGUUUUGGCCUGUUCUUAAAACUGCUCUUGUGAUUACUUCUGAGCUCUUAGCAGGAUCACAGUGCAGGAACUGCAGGUGGAGGAAUUGAGUUAAGGAGCAGACAAGGGCCUUCUCUCCAAUGUAGGUUUUUGUUUGCCUUUGCUCUGUUUCUGCUCUUCUCCCGAGCAGUCUCUCACAAACCAGCUCAUGUUCUGAGGAGCUGGAGACGUGUGAGAACCGCUACAGCUUGUACUAACAAGUGUUGAGAAGUAAUAGCUGCAAGCUGAUGUUCUGCUUUUCCCCAUCUCAGCUUGCCCUUGCCUAACUUAGCUCAUUAGGGUAGGACCAGCAGGCUCACCUGCUGAUUUGCAUCUAUUAUCUUCUCUCAGUUUUGUGCAGUUUCAUUGGACAUGUAUAAUGGGUGAGGCUGUUCCUUCAUCCUUAACGGCAGCCUGAGUCAGAGCAAAUGUCAUUUAGUGAUGUCU